CACAUGUGGACCGCUUACACACGUGGACCGUUCAUCACCGCUGCAGUCUCUCUUCGCGCGAAUGGCUCUUUAGCAUUUCUCUUCCUCUCAUGCUUCUUCUCUCCCUUUCGCCGCCUCCUCUCCAAAACCCUACUCUUCCUCCUCUCUCUAUCUGAAAACCCUAACUACCGCAGACUAUCUAAAACCCCUAAUUCCCGCAAAAGAAAAGAAGCAAGCACAGAGGUUGUUAGAGAGGGAGAGAUGGUGAAGCAGCAGAAGAAGGAGAAGAAGGUGAAUGUCUCCGGAAAUCCGAAGCAUUCGCUCGACACUAACCGCAGCAACGAUGGGAGCAAGAACGACACCCGCAGCGCCGCUACCGUGCGUCGCCUCAAGAUGUAUAAUUCGCGCCCGAAGCGCGACCGCAGGGGCAAAAUCUUGAAGCAUGAGCUCCAGUCCAAGGACCUCCCUUCCACUCGCAUCCAGCCUGAUCGCCGCUGGUUCGGCAAUACACGAGUUGUUGGUCAGAAGGAGCUUGAGUUUUUCCGUGAAGAGGUCCAAAAUCGAAUGUCCAGCAACUACAAUGUCAUCCUGAAGGAGAGGAAAUUGCCGAUGUCCCUUCUAAAUGAUCAUCAGAAGCAAGCUAGGGCGCAUCUUCUGGAUACCGAGCCUUUUGAGGAUGCAUUUGGACCUAAGAAGAAAAGAAAGCGUCCAAAGCCUUUGGCAUGUGAUUAUGAAUCUUUGCUUAAGAAAGUGGAUGGGUCUCAAGAUGCAUUUGAGCAAAAGUCUGCUGCCAAACCCUCCGUUGAAGGAAGUGAAGAAGAUGGUUUGAGAGACCUGGUGAGGCAUACAAUGUUUGAAAAGGGGCAGAGCAAGCGCAUCUGGGGUGAGCUCUACAAAGUCGUGGACUCUUCAGAUGUAGUUGUGCAGGUGUUGGAUGCUAGGGAUCCGCAAGGUACAAGAUGCCGUCAUUUGGAGAGGCAUUUGAAGGAGCAUUGCAAUCACAAACAUAUGGUUCUUCUGCUAAACAAGUGCGACUUGGUUCCUGCAUGGGCUACAAAAGGAUGGUUGCGUCUUCUAUCUCGCGAAUAUCCCACUCUAGCAUUCCAUGCAAGCAUCAACAAAUCUUUUGGCAAGGGUUCUCUUCUCUCGGUACUAAGGCAGUUUGCCCGUUUGAAAGCUGAUAAACAGGCAAUAUCCGUGGGCUUUGUUGGGUAUCCCAAUGUUGGAAAAUCUUCAGUUAUCAACACAUUGCGUACAAAGAAUGUCUGCAAAGUGGCUCCCAUUCCAGGUGAGACCAAGGUGUGGCAGUACAUAACACUAACGAAGCGUAUCUUUUUGAUCGACUGUCCUGGAGUUGUUUAUCACAACAAGGACACUGAAACGGAUAUUGUACUUAAGGGUGUGGUUCGUGUUGCAAACUUAGAAGAUGCCUCUGAACACAUUGGAGAAGUACUCAAACGUGUGAAGAAGGAGCAUCUGCAAAGAGCAUACAAAAUACAAAACUGGGAUGAUGACAACGACUUUCUUGUUCAGCUGUGCAAAUUGUCAGGCAAGCUUUUGAAGGGAGGCGAACCUGACCUAAUGACAGCAGCAAAGAUGGUCCUCCAUGACUGGCAGAGAGGUCGGAUACCCUUUUUUGUACCCCCGCCGCAGCAAGAAGAAAAACCAUCUGAAAACCCCACCUCAUUCGAAGCAAAUGAGGAUUCAUCAGUGAGCACUGAUCGAGCAUCGGCUGCCAUGAAAGCCAUUGCUAAUGUUAUUUCGUCGCAGCAGCUAAAACAUGUUCCUGUUCAGAGGGACCUAUUCGGCGAUGAUGAGCUAGAGGGUGAGAAAUCUGAACAGCAGCUUCCGGAGACUAGUGUGUGAUCUAAACUGUCUAAAUCUUUCCCUUUUGAGACCCCUUGAUCCCUCCAGAAUCUAGUGAAUUAGAAGAGAAAUUUUGUAGAAUAUUGGAAGAGUUGUAGAUGAUCUUUGUUUCGCCAUCUAUGAACAGUGGGAGGUUUAGCCUUGAAACCUCGGGUGGCCCCCACAUGAUAUGAUUUGUCAUAAGAAAAAUAGGCAUAGGAGUUAUCAUCUGAA